AGCUUUACCCAGGAGACCAGCUUUUCCCCUCGCUGGCUGUAGAAAGGGGGAGGUUAGGUUGUCUCUUGCUUCUCUGGGCAUUCAGAUUGUCCUUGUCUUGUGGUCUGUGUAGUCUGGAGACUUUGGGCAAAAAUCCCUCUUUGUUAGCACCCUAAUUUAUGCUCUAAAGUAAGUGUUUGCAGUAACUGAAAUAGGUAUCUAUGAGAAUGAUUUCAGGAUGUUUAAAUCUAGCCAAGUGUCCAAUAUACUAUCAGUCUGACUGAGCUUGUGUAUGACAGAUUCCAGCCUAUGGAGAAGUACACAUAAUAGGAUAAAUAUGGCUUUUAAGAGCGAGGACCACUUAGAUUCCCUUCCGUUACCUGUUCAGCGCAUGCACUUAAUUCAGGUGGACUCUGUUCAGCGAUGGAUGGAAGAUUUGAAGUUGAUGACGGACUGUGAAUGUAUGUGUAUUCUCCAGUCCAAGCCAAUCAGCAGUGAGAAGGAUGAACAAAAUGAACUUAUCCUUUCCUCACAACAUAGCACGUGCGAUAACUUAGAGCUGCUUUUAAAGAGAGCUUGGAUCAUAAGCACGGAAUUGACCAAGAUUGCUCAAAAGCUGGAGAAGAAUAGAUGGCAGAGAGUCCACAGCAUGACAGUUAGAGUCAACUGCCACGUACGUUCAAUGAUAAAUGAAUACAACACAUUCACCAGGAAUUCUUCAGAAGAGAUGCACCAGUUUGAAAAACUCUUAAUAGACAAGUGUUCAGAAUUUACAGCAAUCACAGAAAGGUGCAUACAAACCGAAGAUGAACAGAUACUGAAGUCUAUGAAAUCUUGUAUUAAUGAAACACUCACUACCGUUGCUCAGUAUUUUGGCCAGUUAAUAGAGCUGGUUUUAACACAUGAGGCACAGAACCUCUUGAGACAAAUAGAAUUGUCGGACAGUAUGUACAUCACUGAGUCGGCGAUUAGUAGUUUAUUCAGCCUUACCCAGGAAGGUGCUCAUCUGUGCCGUAUCAUAGCUAAGGAAGGAGGUGUAGUUGCUCUCUUUAAGAUCUGUCGCCAGGAUUGUUUCAGGUGCCUUUAUCCCCAGACACUGAGAACACUGGCAUCCAUUUGCUGUGUAGAGGAGGGGAUGCACCAGCUGGAAAAGGUUGACGGGAUACUGUGCCUGGCUGACAUUCUUACUGAUAACAGCCAUUCUGAAGCUACUCAUGCAGAAGCAGCGGCAGUAAUUGCGCAGAUCACAUCUCCACAUCUCACGUUCACUCAGCAUCUCAGCAGCUUUCUGGAAAAUAUGGAAGAAAUUGUAACAGCACUUGUCAGACUGUGCCAAGAAGCCUCGUCUGGUGAAGUUUUCCUGCUGGCUUCAGCAGCUCUUGCCAAUAUUACUUUCUUUGAUACCAUGGCUUGUGAAAUAUUGCUCCAGUUAAAUGCAAUGAAGAUUCUUCUAGCAGCAUGUUCAGACAAACACAUAGUGGAUACUCCAUAUUCCCGAGAUCAGGUGGUAACAAUAUUGGCAAACAUGUCUGUCUUGGACCAGUGUGCUUCAGAAAUCAUUUAAGGAAAUGGUGUUCAGCUUUUAAUGGAAAUGCUCUUUGAAAGAUCAUCUUCGGGAAACUCAGCAGAAGUUGCAGCUUGUGAGCGAGUCCAACAGAAAUCUGCAGUUACGCUGGCACGACUCAGCCGGGAUCCUGAAGUGGCAGAUGCAGCCGUAAAACUCAGCUGUAUUCCUCGCCUAAUUAAACUUUGCAGAUCACCAACCGAAAGAAAUAACAGUGAUUCUGUUUUAGUGGCAUGUCUGGCAGCCUUACGGAGACUGGCAGUUAUGAGUCCUGAUGGGCUUGAAGAUUCAGAUUUUCAGCAGCUAGUAAAGCCCAGACUUGUGGAUUCCUUUCUGCUAUGCACAAAUAUGGAAGAGAGCUUUGUAUAAAUGUGAGCCAAAAACCUUUGAAAAUUAAUCAAGAUGAUAGGUAUACGAUAAGAUAAAACACAUACAACUUUAUUUAGUUUUAGUCCUAUUGUUAUUUAUGACUUAUUUAUUUUAUAACCAUGAACAUGUGAUUUGUAGGAACAAUGAAAUAGAAUGGUCAAACUUGUUUCAGUGGUUUGAAAAGGUAAUUUUUAAUUUUAUUUUCCUGCCAAGACACAUCAACAGACCUUAUCACUGCAAUCAAAGAAAAUGAUGUUGUCAUGUUUAAUGUAGUUGUAUCAAGGUAACGAAGCCAAGAAUAUGGUGCUCUGAUGUUAAGUGCUUCUAAUAAUCUUUUAUUGCUGAUAUUUUUCUGCAGUUAGAACAUUUUGGAGCUUUUUUAAGAAAUGCUUUAGUCUCAUGCAUUUGCUGCAUUAGAAGAAAACUCAAACCUUAAAGCUACAAGUAUACGCUUUGAAAUGAAAGGGAUGUUACAGUCUGAGUCCCGUCUUAACUGUUGUUACUUUAAUAGAAAUAUUAAAAUAUGUAAAUGUGAAUAUCUGAGAAAAUUUUUCAGAAAAUUUUCACUGUCUUGGAAUGAUCAUAGAGGACACUCUUACACUGUAUAAAGAUGUAUUCCAUCAGAGCAUACACACUGGCAGACAACUCUUUUAUUUACACUUAGUGAAAUAUCCUAAAGAAAUUGAGAGAAUUAUAGACAGAUCUUUCCGAAAUCAAACACGUCAUCAAUGUGAAGGUGUACACAUAAGAUUCAAAAUCACUACACAAUGAUAAUUUUCUCUCCUUUUCAAGCCUUACAAGAACUGGAAGAAAGCAUGUCCAAGUGUAUUUUUAAUAUGCAAGCUACGACUUUUGUGAAAAGUUGUGCAUGCAUACACCAAAUAAUCAGAACAGAUAAAUUAAUUGCAACUUGAUUUUCCAUUUUUCUGUUUUUCUAACUAGUCCUGUAUUUCUAAAACUGUGAAAUGGGAUUUUCAGGAGCUCUUGGAGUUGACAAAAGGAGAUUUUACCAGUGGAUAAAAAACAUAGAGUUGAUUUUAAAAUAGAUUUUUUAAAAUGAACAUUCCUCCUAAAAUUUGCCUUUUCCUUUCAUCCAGAAACCAUAUAAAUUUAAAAUUACUCAACCAGCAAUAUCUUGGCAGUGUUUUUCCUCCAAACUUCUUACAAAGUUCUCUGUAGAUAAAGUAUAUGUAUUUUUUUCCUCAUGGCUUGCAACUAUUGCUCUGGAUCACUUUAUGAUCAGCAACUUUAGGGCACUAGGACAUCUGCCAAAAAAGUAAGUACAUUUCUUUACUGUACUUACUUUCUAGAUAUGUUAAGCAACUUAAUUCAUUAAUGUUUAUUUAGUAUUAUGUGGUGUUUAGAUGACAGGCACCAGGAAAUUGCUCAGUUGUGAUUGCCUUCUGCAUUUUCUGUGUCUGAGAAAUCUGUCCUGCUUUAAGCAGUGAUACAUGGUGGCUAAUUUUCUCCCCUUGAGUAUAUGGGUUAAGAAGUCUCUGCCUUAACAUUUCUUCCUUGUGAUCUCUUCAUUUCACUCUGAGUUCUAUCUCGACUGAAGUUUUAAACAUUAGAAAACAUACAAUGACCUCUGUCAUAAGCAACUACUCAAAGAUAAGUGUUGAAUCAGAUGUUUCACAGAUGUCAUUUUCUAGUAAGAGCAGAGAUGACUUCUGCUUUGCUUACUUUGAGACAGCUCUUCAAAAUUCUGAGAUUGUUAAGAUAUAUGGUACUGUACAGCUUUAAAAAUAUUAUACAAGUGAUGGACUUUAACAGUCUCCUCACUAAGCAGAAAUGCACAUAUGAACCAUGGAUGCUUUAAAUGGCAAAAUCAACAUUCUUUGUAUAAACAAUGAACUCAUAAAUCUCAUAAACGCGUGGAGUCGCCAUCUCUGGAGGUAAGAGUAGGGUCACCAUAGCUCUUAGGGACAUGGUGUAGUUGGGAACUGUCAGUGUGAGGUUAAUGGUUG